ACAUUCUCAAUUUUGUAAUUAGACUGCAAAAUCUUUAACGCUUUACUGAACGCGAAACUGAACAAUUUUACAAUAUAAAUGUCACACAUUAAAGCAGAAAUACGAAUAAAGUCGGACUAAUAACAAUUAAUAGUCAAGUUGUCGAAGGACGAGUGAUUUUAAUGACCACUGCUGGUCAUUAAAAAGACCUUCAUUUCAUCCCAAUUAAUUAAAAUUGAUUAAAAUGGCAAUUCACAGUGUGUAUAUAAUUUCUAAAUCUGGGGGCAUGAUAUUCAACUAUGAUCACAAUUUUCCAAAAGUUGAGACUGAAAAAUCAUUCACAUUUCCGGUGGAUAUCAAAGUUGAACUUAGAAACAAGAAAAUGGUAGUGGUUUUCGGACAACGGGACGGUAUUUGCAUUGGUCAGACCUUGCUCUCUGUAAAUGGAACUCCUGUGAUUGUGGAUAAAAUGGAAACUGGCCAGGACGUUUUGGAAUAUUUAAAUGAGCCAGCUAAUUUUCCGCUAAGUCUUAGGUUUGGACGAACACGGAUGACUACAAAUGAAAAAAUGUUUCUAGGGAGCAUGUUCUACCCACUGUACGCAAUUUCGAGUCAGAUAAGCCCUGAACCCCAUUCAUCCGGGAUUCAAAUCCUAGAAGCCGAGACGUUUAAGCUAUAUUGCCUCCAAACUCUCACAGGAAUCAAGUUUAUCGUCAUCUCUGACCCAAAAUUUCAAGGAAUGGAUGUUGUUUUACGCAAGAUUUAUGAAAUAUAUGCCGAUUAUGUGCUAAAGAACCCGUUCUAUUCCCUAGAAAUGCCCAUAAGGUGUGAAUUAUUUAAUGAAAAUUUAAAACUUUUGCUGGAAAUGGUAGAAAAAACCGGAAUAACCAAUGUUUGAUUGAGUAUAUUCAUAGUAUUUACGUACAUAAUCAAUAUUGUAAUAUAUCUGUAAUAAGUUUAAUCUACCUACGAACAAUAAAACAGACGGAUGUUUUAUACAUUUAAUUUCUAUGAAUAAUAAAAAACUAAUCCUAAACGUAUUAAAUGCAAUGCCA